AUGGAGCAGCCCCGCGCCGCCGCCCGCCUGCAGAUCGUACUGGGCCACCUCGGCCGCCCCUCGGCCGGGGCCGUCGUAGCUCAUCCCACUACAGGGACUAUUGCCUCUGCCAGUUUCCAUCCUCAACAAUUCCAGUAUACUCUGGAUAAUAAUGUUCUAACCCUGGAACAGAGAAAAUUUUAUGAAGAAAAUGGGUUUCUUGUAAUCAAAAAUCUUGUACCUGAUGCCGAUAUUCAACGUUUUCGGAAUGAGUUUGAAAAAAUCUGCAGAAAGGAGGUGAAACCAUUCGGAUUAGUAGUAAUGAGAGAUGUGACCAUUUCGAAAUCGGAAUAUACUCCAAGUGAGAAGAUGACCACGAAGGUCCAGGAUUUCCAGGAAGAUAAGGAGCUCUUCAGAUACUGCACUCUCCCCGAGAUUCUGAAAUAUGUGGAGUGCUUCACUGGACCUAAUAUCAUGGCCAUGCACACAAUGUUGAUAAACAAACCUCCAGAUUCUGGCAAGAAGACGUCCCGUCAUCCCCUGCACCAGGACCUGCACUAUUUCCCCUUCAGGCCCAGCAAUCUCAUCGUUUGUGCCUGGACAGCAAUGGAGCACAUCGACCGGAACAAUGGUUGUCUGGUUGUGCUCCCAGGAACACACAAGGGCUCCCUGAAGCCUCACGAUUACCCCAAGUGGGAGGGGGGAGUUAACAAAAUGUUCCACGGGAUCCAGGACUACGAGGAAAACAACGCUCGGGUGCACCUGGUAAUGGAGAAGGGAGACACCGUUUUCUUCCAUCCUUUGCUCAUCCAUGGGUCUGGUCAGAACAAAACCCAGGGAUUCCGGAAGGCAAUUUCCUGCCAUUUCGCCAGUGCCGAUUGUCACUACAUCGAUGUGAAGGGCACCAGUCAAGAAAACAUUGAGAAGGAAGUUGUAGGAAUAGCAAAUAAAUUCUGGGGAGAUGAAAACAGCAUGGACCUGAAGGAUAUUUGGAUGUUUCGAGCUCGACUUGUGAAAGGAGAAAGAAUCAAUCUUUGAAAUAGCCAUCUGCUAUAACUCAACAGAAAACCAAAACCAAACAAAAUGUCUAAGGAAAAUGUUUUCUUAAUGAGAUGAUGUAAGCUUUUCUAUCACUUGUUAAAAGCAGAAAACAUGUAUCAGGUACUUAAUUGCAGAGAGUUAGUUUUGCAGCGCAAUGGUGUUGCUUUAAUGGAAAUAAAAAAAGUAAAAGUGAAGUAUUACUGUUUU